AGAUGAGUGCAGAUGAGGAUGCAUCACCAUGUUUUGAGAUAAAAGAUCAAGAACAGAAAAGAGAGCAAGAUGGAAAGGAGAAAAGUGAGUCGGCGAGAGGUAGGCGUCUUCUUAAAGAUAGCAGCAUUAGUCCAGAGGAUGACAAUGGUAUGAAGAACCUCACUUCUCUGGCUAAAUCAUUUGAGCCUGUGAAGGAGGUGGCAUGUAAGAGGGAGAAACCCUCAGAGGAGGUUGCAACAGGCAUUCGGCACUUCAAAACUAUUGAGCUCAACAGCAGUGCUACUGUUCAGCCAACAUUUGAUGAUGGAGAGCCUGAAAGUCUAACGGACUCUCCUGAAGAUCGCUCCAGAGGUGAGGGCUCCUCUAGUCUCCAUGCUUCCAGCUUUACUCCAGGAACUUCACCUACCUCUCUGUCAUCCCUAGAUGAGGACAGUGACAGCAGCAGUCCAAGUCACACAAGGUCAAGUGGAGAGGGUAAACAGCACAGGAAAGCAAAGCACCGACAACCUGGCCAGAUGCUGCCAACUAUUGAGGACUCUUCUGAGGAAGAGGAACUUCGCGAGGAAGAAGACACCCUCAGAGAACAAGAGAAGCAGAAGAGCUCCGGGAAGAAAUCUAAGAAAGAUAAAGAGGACAUACGAGCACAGAGGAGAAGGGAGCGUCCUAAAACGCCUCCGAGCAAUCUCUCUCCCAUCGAAGACGCCUCCCCGACAGAAGAGUUACGUCAAGAAGCCGAGAUGGAGGAGAUCCGAAGGUCAUCUUGCUCCGAUUUCUCACCCAGCAUGGAGUCCGAACCGGAAGGAUUCGAGGUUAACGCAGAGAAGAUCGCCGCAGUCCAGAAAGUGUAUCAACUUCCAACAUCUGUAUCUCUUUACUCUCCUACAGACGAUCUACAUGCUGACAGUAGUCUGUCAAAAGAAGUGACGGGGAAAAAAAACCUGAAAAGUGCCGAUGAAGCCUAUGAAGAAAUCAUGUUAAAAGCUAAGUCCCCCAUGACUGAGAACGCAGAGUUCCCACCUGGUAAAGAAUCUUUGUAUGGUAGUGUGUUGAUUGAGGAUUAUGCUCACGAAUCUCUUGUUGAGGUCAAAUGUGGUGAGCAGGAAAUAGAUCAAAUGCCAGUGCCAGAAAAGUCAAAACAACUAAGAUCACCAGAUGAGGUCUAUGACGACAUGAUGCAGAAAAAGAAGGAGAUGAUGCUAAAAGAACAGGACCCGAAACAGCCACAAUCAAUGAAGGACAUUCCACAGCCAGAAAUUAGAUUACCGUCUCCUGAAUCUCACUCUGUGAUCAUUUCCACUAGUGGCAGUGUGGCUUUAGGCAAGGAUGGGAAACCACUGUUAGAUGCUGAAACUGCCUAUGAAGAACUUAUGAAGCGACAGAAAGCUGUCUUGACACCUGGAACCAGCCCAACACAGCCAUGCCCUGAUCCUCCUGAAAACUCAAUGUUAAAGUUUGGAACACCAGAGGACACCAUUAAGGUGGAGGACACAGGUUCACAGAAACGUCUCUACCCUAUACCAGACCUUAGGGUGAUUCAGUGCUCCUCAGGUGAAGAAGAUGAGGACAGUGGUGCAGAUUACAUACCAGAGAAGGCUCCACGUGCACCUGAGAUCACACCAGGUGCUCCUACAGAGACAGAGCCCCCACAUGCACCUGAGAUCACACCAGGUACUCCUACAGAGACAGAGCCCAUACCUGUCGCUGCAGCACCAGCCUCGGAGAUAGACGUCAGUUCUGUUCCAUCAUUUGAAGAUACAUCAUUUUCCAACCGUCAAGUAAUAUCUUCUGAAAUACCUGACAUCCUUUCCUCAUUCACAGAUUCCCAAACCACAGAAAUAGACGAGCUUGGUGUGGUUGACUUGUCAAAAUCUUCUGUGUCUGGCCAGACAAACUUAGCUUCCACAUCUAUAGCCACAAAACCCUCACAUCCUGUUGUGGUGAGUGUAUCACCUUUAGCCACUGUACCCCAAUACAUUCCUUCUGCCCCUAGUGUAGUAUCAACAGCUCCUCCUGUACCUCCCAAAUCAGCAGUAUUACGCCGUGGUUUGUCUCAGGACAUUCCUCUGCCUCCUCCCUUGCCGCCUCCAACACUGCCGAAGCCAACUCUAUAUCCCAAAAAGAUACCACCUCAGGUUCUUCCACGUUAUACUUCAGUGGGUAUGACUUCUGCAGGCCCCAUUCUUUUGGAAAAACAGUCUGGAGGUACAACACACAAGCCACAUAUUCCCCCACCUGUUCCUCCAAAGCCAUCCUCCAUCCCAGCAGGUCUCACUUUCAGUCACAGACCUGGAGAAAGUGUCAAGCCUCCUAUAGCUCCUAAGCCAGUGACUAUCGUUCACCCGCCCUCCCCUAUUCAUUCACCGGCUAGGCCGACUGUCCUGACUACAGAGCCUGCAAACAUCGCUUUGAAUCUAAGUCCCUCCGUAGACAGCAGGGCUGGGACCACCUCACCCAAAUCCCCUUCAUCCCCCAGGCACACAAAAACCGUACAUGAAACAUAUGUAGUUAUAACACUGCCAUCACAGCCCAACUCACCAGUGGAAGGGAUACAGUCUCAAGCCCCAUCAAGUUCUGGCUAUGCAUCUCCAACAAUACCGCCUAAAGCAUCUCCUUAUUCACCACAGCAACAGAGCCAUGCCCAGUCAGAUCCACAACCACAACCACAAAAAACAACAAAAAUGCCACUAGCAUUUACUCGAAUCACUGAAUCAAUUGAAAGUCAAGAAAUAUGUGGCCCUGAGUCGGUGGUGUCAAGCAUGAGUCAUGUGUACGAGGCCAUCUCAGCAUCAUCUCAACCUCCAGUACCACUGGCUAAUGGAGUUACACAAGUAGUAACCACAGAACUUCAAAGAACAACAGUGUCCGUCGUACAUGAAAGAGUACCACCUGUGAGGGCACCACCUGCUGCAGAGAACCUAAAAACCCAGCCUCAGAAUAGCCACAUCUAUCAUGCCGGUGAGGUGAUGGAUCUUCGCACACCAAAAAUGGAUGCAGAAACAGCCAUGAAAGGUGUUGACCUAUCAUCAUUUGAGUCAAGACGACAGUCCUUGGUCACUGAUAGCAGUCCGAGGCACACAAGUGCAGUUCAAUCCUCUGUUGUCAAUCUCAGCACAGAACCCUCUGCCUCUGUGCUGACGGACAGCAUUACUAUUGUCACUUGCACAGCCACCAUUGCUUAUGGCAAAGAUGCAUCUCAGGCCACCUCAAUGCCUCUUCAGCUUACAACAGCCAAAUCAUUUGAGCCUGUUUCUCAGAUAAUCUAUCAACCAGUAGAUUCCCAACCGGAGAAACCAAUCAAUCUCUCUACUGGUGUAGGGAAAGUUCAGACAGCCCCUGUGACCGUUGCUCCCACCUGUGUGACAGGUGGUUUCGGUGCAAGUGUCCCUCCUCGCUUGGAAACUUGUGUAUCUGGAGCAGUAGAUCUCACAACAGUGAAACCUGUUCAGACCAUUGUCUCUGUUGACAGAUCCACAGCAGAAGUCAUGACAGCCGUGAUCGCUGAGGAGGAUGGAAAACCUGUGGAUCUGACAGCCGGCAAAAGAGCAGUGUGCUGUGAUGUUGUUUACAAGUUGCCAUUUACAGGGAGUUGUACCACCCAGCAGCAGCCCACGCCGCUGCCUGAAGACCGUUUUGGCUAUCGGGAUGACCACUAUCAGUAUGAUCGCUCCCCGUAUGGAAUGAAAGGUUUCGUUGGUAUCAAGCCUUCCAUGUCAGACACUAAUUUAGCUGAGGCUGGGCUUUUUUUCUACAAGAGCAAAAACAGUUUUGAUUACAGUGGCGCCACAGAGGGCGCGGUCGAUCUUACGUCUGGAAAGAUGUCUGAAGCAGGUGACGCAGUGGACUACUCAAACAGGGUCACAGGGGCAUUUUCUGGCAUGACAAUUCCACAGUUUUCCCAAACCAGGAUCACAUCGGCCACGGGAACGCCCUUUGUAGUCACGAGUGUUUUGAGAUCCUCCAACGGCAUUGUUUACUCCUCAGUGGCAGCCCCGAUCCCAUCCUGUUAUGCAAUCACCACACAGCCCGGAUCAAUCUUCAACGCAACUUACAAUACCCUGUCUGGCAUGCAUACAAGUGACACGAUGCCAUCAUUAUCAUCUCUUCAGAACCAACCUAUGACCAGGUCUCAGAGUUUUGUAUCCGCACUGGUCACCACUACGGCAGAGGAACAAGAGCGGCGGCAGCCUCUAAACCUAGAGCUUGUUGCAACAAGGAAUACCAUUUCAUCUGCUCUCUCUCUGGUUACGCCCACAGUAACCACAGUAGGUACCACAGACUCGUUCACCGAUGCAUCUUUGGAUGCCAUCGCUGCCUCCCUAGAGGCUUUGUCGUCUCCCAUGAUGCCUGGCGGCGGACAGUACCAGAUGGAACGGGAAUUUCUGGAACUGGAGAAAAUGAAGCAGCAGCGACUGGCUGAGGAGCUGGAAUGGGAACGUCAAGAGAUCCAGCGAUUCCGUGAGCAGGAGCAGCUGCUCGUACAUAAGGAGCUCGGGGAGCUACAGGCAAUGAAACAGCACAUCCUUUGCCAGCAAGAAGAAGAAAGACAGGCCCAUCUCAUGAUGCAGAAGGAGACCUAUGCCCAACAGCAACAGCAACUCGAGCAGAUCCAACGCUUGCAGGAGCAGCUCAGACAGCAGCUCGAGGAACAGAAGUUUAGGCAGAUGUACCCAGGAGAUGCACCGGAGGCCGCCCGACAGGAGGCUUUGCUCAGUACUGCGGAGAGCAAGAGGAUUACGGACAGCGGUGUCCAAACAGAUGAGGAGGACAAUACUGAGCAGGCAUACACCUCCGGGAGGAAGAAGAAGGGGGGUGCGAAGAAGAGCGUAGAUAGCAGCGUUCAGACAGAUGAUGAGGACCAGGAUGAGUGGGAGGUCCCGGCUCGAGCCAGACGCAGUCGGCCCAGAGGGGUGAAGUACAGCACGGCAGAGUGUGAGGGACAGGUUUCAGUUCAGGCCCUCACAGAGAUCUCUGUACAAACAGAUGAUUCUGCAGGACAUUCAGUACAACUUGAUGCAAGAGUGGAGUACACAGAUCCUGAGAGAACCACCACCUCUCCACAGAGACACAGGAGACACCCCACUCCCUUAGAGAUAGGACCAUCCUCUAAACUCAAAGUUGACUCCUCCACUUCCCUCCAGGUGGUUUCUGUCCCUCCCAAAUCCCCAAAUGUCCUGUACUCUCCAAUAUCGCCAUGUGUGUCCCCUAGCAAAUCCCUCGAGUUUGUGUCUUAUGAGAAAUCUUUAGGAGACACAAGUCCACAGAGAGCUGCGGACCUAUCAACAGCUCAUUCUACCAACACCAGAACACCAAAGGUCCAGAGGUCAAUGUCGGACCCCAAACCCAUGAGUCCAACUGGUGAGGAGAGAGGCACGUCCAUGUUCCCGCACACAGAUGCUCAUGCUGGUAAGGCAUCAACCAUUGGUACACCAUCUGGAACACAGAAGAAAGUAAAGAGAACCCUUCCCAACCCACCAUCAGAAGAGGAGACAGCCACCACUGGCCAGACAGCGUAUAGCUCUGCAUCUGCCCGCCGACGCCUUUGCCGAAGCACAAACAUGGCCCGUGCUAAAAUCCUGCAGGACAUAGAUAGGGAGCUGAACUUAGUGGAACGUGAAUCCUCAAAACUUCGCAAGAAACAGGCAGAGUUGGAUGAGGAGGAGAAAGAGAUAGAUGCCAAACUCCGCUACUUGGAGAUGGGAAUCAACCGCAGGAAGGAUGUCCUUCUGAAAGAACGGGAGAAACGGGAGAGAGCGUAUCUGCAGGGUGUGGCUGAGGACAGGGACUACAUGUCUGACAGUGAGGUCAGCAACAUCCGGGAAACACGGCGUGGAGGGGGCGGAGAGGACGUAGGCGGACACGGACUGGAAAGACCUCACACGGCCCCUCAAUCUGAGUUAGAGGAGUUCAUCCCACCACAAACCAAGCAUGAGGCUCAGUAUGGCAAGUACUCUCAGUACCAGUACAACCCACAGCAGACACUAUACCAGCAUUCUCUGUACCAGCCUCAACAACCAUAUCAGUCCCAGUCGAUCUAUUCCUCCGUGCCCUCCCUCACAGCGUCCCAACAGCAGAGUUACCACCAGAUGCUCUUACUGCAGCAGAAGGCCAGACAGCAGGCUGCUCUCCUUUCUGAACUAGAGGCCACCAAGAUGGCCACUGGCUAUGAUGUCAUACGGAGUCAACCGGACGCCUCCUCCUCCUAUCUGGGUGGAAAGUACGGUAGCCAUUUGGACCUCCACACUCUGGAAGAACGUGGGGGUAGCAUGGCUGGGAGUCCGAUGUCUAACGUGUCGGCUGAUUCCUUCUACACAGAUGUGGAACAACACCACCAUCAAACCCCUCGGAGCUACUUACUCCUGGAGGAUGCUACUGAGCUCGCGAAGGGAUCCUCUGGUCUCUCCGACUCCACUUACAGUCUCGCAGAGAAAGAACUUGCUAAAGCGGAGCGUCUCCUGAGGCGAACUGCUGCCGAUGUGGGAACGGAUUACCUUGAGAGUUCCUCAAGGCUUCAUACCUAUGGAAAGGCCCAAGAAGAUGAGGAUUCCAUGGAGGAACCUUACGAGCUCAAGCUGCUGAAACAACAACUCAAACAGGAGUUCAGAAGAAGCACGGCUGGAACGGAGAGCCUUGAGCAGCUGGCGGCGGGUCUCCAACACCACUACUACAACCACAGUGCAGGUGUGUCCAGCAGUGCUUACAGACCAUAUUCCAAGACUGAGAAGUACAGUAUCAGCAGACUGACUCUGGAAAAGCAGGCUGCCAAGCAGCUUCCAGCUGCCAUGCUCUACCAGAAACAGAAAACACCCCUGAUGGACUCUAAGGGUGGCAAGUACUCUUCCACGUUCCAGGAUACCAGAACGCUGGAGACAGACUACAGCAGCUACCUUGGAUCUAGUUCUGCCUCCCCAAGGUCAAGCAGGCUUCUUCAGGAUGAAAUUACCUUUGGACUCCGCAAGAACAUUUCAGAGCAGCAGAAGUACCUGCAUCAUUCAAGUGUGGGGAAUAAUCUCGCAGGGUCCCUCAACGUGUGUCAGAGCCUUAACCUGAGCUCUGGUGUGCGAGCUUCCUUAGGAGAGGAGUCGUCCUACCCCAGUGGUAGUAGAUCACGUCCUUCCUCCAGGCCAUCUUCUGUUUAUGGCCUGGACCUAUCACUCAAGAGAGAUAUUUCCAGCUCCUCUCUGAGACUGAAAGCAGAAAGUGAGGCUUCUACUGAGGCGUCAGCCUAUCAGACCCCUUCCGGUAGAACGAAGCCUCCUACCAGUUUGCCGAUCGUUCCGGGCGGCGGACGAGGACGUCUUCCUAUCGUGGCCCAGAACUCUGAAGAGGAGAGCCCUCUGAGCCCCGUGGGCCAGCCGAUGGGCAUGGCACGAGCGUCCGCCGGACCCCUCCCGCCUAUAUCUGCCGACUCCCGGGAUCAGUUUGGGUCUUGCCUCUCUCUGCACGACUCUCAGCAGCAGCAGCACAUGAUAGAUGAACAGACGAGAGGCCGUGGUUACGGACUCAUGGACGACCAACAAGGCACCAUGAUGUCAGACAACGAAGAAGCAUACCACCUACGUCGGGAGGAGACCGAUUGGUACAUGAAGCCUCAAGAUGGUCGGCACGAAAAUGGUCAUAGCCCGGAGAGGAAACAGAUGAAAUCCAUGCACUUCACAUUUCCCCAUGUGCGUAUCAAACUCCAGAGAGACCCUAAGGAUCGUAGUGUGUCAGGAAAUGGGUUGGGCAUACGUGUGGUGGGAGGUAAGGAGGUUCCUGGGAGCAAUGGAGAGAUCGGAGCGUAUGUUGCCAAAGUUCUACCUGGAGGAGCUGCGGAACAGACCGGAAAGAUUGUAGAGGGAAUGCAGGUGCUGGAGUGGAAUGGAAUUGUCCUCACAGGUAAAACCUAUGAGGAGGUACAGGGUCUAGUUGGCCAGCAGUGCGGAGAGGCUGAGUUGUGUGUCAGGUUGGACAUCAAUAUGUUGUUAGAUUCAGAGAGCUGCUCCCAGCACUUGGAGCUUCAGGACCCAACCAAAGGUGACAGACAGAGGUCUCCAGGUGUGGACCCCAAGCAGCUGGCUGCAGAGCUGCAGAAGGUAUCGCAGCAGCAGAUCCCCGUGUCGUCUGCGUCUUCUCUCUCUACGGGAGAUAAAGGACCCCUUGCCAUUUCGGCCACAGCGUCUUCUGUUUCAAGUGCCGUCCCCAGCCCAGGACAGCCAAGCUCACCAUCUGUUGGCAAAAAGCGCCACAGCAAGACCGCAGACGCAGCUAAAGUGCAUCCUGUGACAGGAGAGAUUCAGCUUCAAAUAAACUACGACAAACAGCUGGGAAACUUAAUUGUCCACGUUCUCCAAGCCCGAAACCUGUCCCCACGUGAUAACAACGGCUACUCUGAUCCCUUUGUCAAAGUUUACCUGCUUCCAGGACGCGGUCAAGUCAUGGUGGUCCAAAAUGCCAGCGCUGAGAACAGAAGGAGAUCAAAGCAUGCCCAGAGGAGCUUGAAUCCAGAGUGGAACCAAACCGUUAUCUACAAGAACAUUCUCCUGGAGCAGCUCAGAAAGAAGACUUUGGAGGUGAGCGUGUGGGAUUACGACAAGAGCUCCUCCAAUGACUUUCUUGGAGAGGUGCUUAUAGACCUGUCGAACACAACACAGCUGGAUAAUGUGCCCCGCUGGCUCCCCCUGAAGGAGCAGAGUGAUGGGGAACCCCACCGGCGCUCUCACUCAGGCCAGGGGCGACAGCAUUCUCCUAAGACCCCCGCACACGCUACUCAGAAUUCUCCCAAAAACCAGGAUUCACCUAAAUCAUCUGUCACCAAGAGCCGCAGUCAUGGAAUCUUCCCUGAUCCGGCCAAGGACACACAGAUGCCUACUACUACUAUUGAGAAAUCUCACAGUAGCCCGGGCACAUCCAAGCCAUCCCCAUCCGAGGGCCAAGCCCGCCCUUCCCAUGGAUCCUCCCGCACCUCAAGCAAAGGUGGCGGUGCAGCCCGGAUGCACCCCGAGGACACUGCUGUAGCAACCAGUGAAGCGACCACCCAACCGAGGCACCACCUCCAACCAACCCAAAAUGGCCGCCUCUCCUUGAGAUACCACAGGCACAGCGUAGUGGGCGUGCUCACCAUUCAGAGACCCCAGUCUGACUUUCCAGCCAAUGAGAACAGGGAUGGCAGACACCUGACCCUCAGGAAAGCCAUGUCUGAAGAGAGGCCCAGGAUGGAUAGAGCAUCUCGCGGCUACAGAGUUACAGAUACGCCUGUGACUGCAGCCUCGCUGGACAGUGGUCUGAGUGGCAGCGCUUACAGUCUCCUGGAGGAAGACAGUGGCACCAAUGCUGUGGAUAGUGCCAUCUUUCAGAUUCCCAGAUUUGGAAAGAUUACAAAUGGAACCGAUGCUAUGACACCAUUACAGGGACAUGGAGAGACUGAAGGCAAGACCCACGUCAUGGGCGAGAUCAAGAUUGCACUGAAGAAGGAAAUCAAAACUGAUGGAGAGCAUCUUGUCCUGGAGAUUCUUCAGUGCAGGAACAUCACAUAUAAGUUCAAGUCUCCAGACCAUCUACCAGACCUGUAUGUGAAGUUGUAUGUGGUGAAUGUAGCCACUCAAAAGAGGAUCAUCAAGAAGAAGACCAGGGUGUGUCGCCAUGAUCGUGAACCAUCAUUCAACGAGACCUUCCGCUUCUGCAUGAACCCCACUGGGCACUCACUUCAGCUGUUCCUUGUUUCAAAUGGAGGCAAGUUUGUGAAGAAGACCCUGAUAGGUGAAGCGUACGUGUGGCUGGAUAAGGUGGAUCUACGCAAGCGUGUGGUGAGUUGGCACAAGUUACUGGCUAGCCCUGCUCAAAUCCAGUCCUAACGAGGGCCCCUUCGGACGCCAGAGCCACCGGGAGCAUGCUGGGACGAGAGGAUGCCGAGAACACAGCAAUGGAAUACAGUCCGUGACAUGCUGGCGCUGUUGGGACAGUUGGCUUGUGUGACAGCUCUCAACCAAUCUGCUGUGUGCUCUUUCAUGUCUUUGGUUUCAGGUCUGUAGUGGGCAUUGGGUGUGAGAGGGGG